UAACUUUCAUUUUGCGGGUGAAGGGAAUUGCGCAACACAUAAAAAUACAACAAAAAUAGCAACAUAAAUUUAAAAAAAUAAAUCCUAAUUAUAGGCCAACAUACACUUUUUUGGGGUGAGUGACUAUUGGCUCUCCGGGUCCCAUAGAAACGGUGAUGCGGCGGCGGAGGGGCCGGACCGGCUCUUCCUGCAACAGCUGAGGCGGAUCUGCAGCCUGAUUACGGCUCACAGCAGACUCCAACAUAAUUGAUGACCUAAUUGAAAAGCAGGAGGAGGAGGUGGAUGAGAGAGGAGGAGGAGGAGGGGGGCUCACUCACGGACAGGAGGAGAGAGAGACGCGCUCCAAUGAGAAAAGUUUACUUGUUCUUCCUCCGCACAGUCCCACAGCUGAGGGCAUUGAUGUGAGCGCAGAGGCUUUCUGUGUUUUUACGCGCACUUCUUUCCCCCCACAUCUUUCACCCUCACACACGGAGCACCUUAUCCACCUUCUCACCUUUAGUUUAGCGCGUGUCUGUGUUUCUUUUCUUUCCUUUUCCUCCUUUUUAUGAAUGAUUCUCUCUCGCGGUAAUACUUGUAAGAUAUCCUCGGAUACCUCUUCCUCCUCCUCGUCCUCCUCGCCGUCCUCGUCCGCACGAACUCACCUCGGCACAUCUUCUCUCCUCAAGUUCAAACGCCACCAGGACUUUCACACCAGCUUCAGACGCACAUUGGGGAAAUAUCACUCGACGAGGAAAAACUUGAUACUUUGCGCCGCCGCCGCAGCAGCUGAAGCCUCCGCCGCCAACAUGAGCCUGAAAGCGGACGCAGAGCCCAAUAACAACGUCUCCAUCGAGGAGGAGGUACGAACACUGUUUGUCAGCGGCCUACCGGUCGAUAUCAAACCGCGGGAACUUUACCUUCUCUUCAGACCUUUUAAGGGUUAUGAAGGGUCACUGAUUAAGUUAACAUCAAAACAGCCUGUCGGGUUUGUAACCUUUGACAGUCGCUCUGGAGCUGAAGCUGCGAAAAAUGCUCUAAAUGGUAUCCGUUUUGACCCCGAAAGCCCUCAGACCCUGCGCUUAGAGUUUGCUAAAGCCAACACGAAGAUGGCAAAGAGUAAGCUGAUGGCCACACCGAACCCCACAAAUAUCCACCCUGCUCUAGGAGCACACUUCAUUGCACGGGACCCAUAUGAUCUGACGGGGGCAGCACUGAUCCCAGCAUCUCCGGAUGCGUGGACUCCUUACCCCCUGUACACCACGGAGCUGACCCCAGGCCUCCCUCACGCAGCCUUCACUUACCCGGCGGCCGCUGCCGCUGCUGCAGCCCUCCACGCCCAGGUGAGGGACCAACCGGUGUGUGUUUCUCUUUUCUUUUUAUUCUUUUUAAGUAGUUUACAUUCAGCUCUGACAGCACUCAGAGCUUUUAGAGACACAAUAUUAAUGCCUGCACCCGGGUAGAAUCGCAAAUUAACUUAAAAUGCAACGCUGCAAUUUCAAAUGUUAAAACAUGAUUCAGUUUUAAAAGCGGAGGUUCAGAUUCUUGAAACCGUCCCGGUGGUCCUCUGAGGUAUUACAAUAACCGCACAAAGCUUCUGUUGC